CUCCCCCUCCCUCCUCUCUCCCUCCUCCCUCCCUCCUCCUCAGCAGCAGGUUCUCCUCCUCAGAUAUGGAGAGCUGCUAGAACCUCGGCUCCUCCGUCUCCUCCUCCCCGGUGGAUGUUGGACCUACCAUGAGGUCUCAGCGGGUCCGGGCGGCUCUCUGCCUCCUCCUCACCGCCUCCUGCCAGCUGUGCUCGGCCGCCCGACACGGUUGUUUGUUUGAGAAGAAACUUUGUUCCAGAGAUCAGCUGUGCAGCAACGAUGGUUUAUUCGGACAGUGCCAGGCCCCAAACCAGGAGCCUGCCCAGUACCAGGUCUCAGUCCCAGUUCUGCACAAGCUGCAGGAAGUUCUCAAAGACCUGAUGGUUCAAGGUCUGACCUGGAAGGAUGAUGUGACCCAGACCAUCAUCAGUCGAGAACUGAGUCGGGUUCCUACCAUUAGUUUUAAACGUCCGGAGGAUUCACCCAGACGGUCAGCCAGGCUGAUGGGUCCUCAGACAGAUCAGAGUCCUGGAGAUGGAGAUGACCCAGAGAUGAUGCAGCAGUACAUGGAUUACAUGGUUCUGGAUCCAUCACGGCCAUCCGUCCACAUGCAGACACCCCUGAUGGACCCGUACACCUACCACAAGCAGCAGUUUGGCUUCCAGGAUGAAGAGGAGCGUUCCCUCAACUCCCUCGAUGAUAAUCCAGCCUUCCCUCACUCCAGAUCCCAGGGAAACUCUGUGGACCGGGACCAGCAGCUCCUCCAGAAUCUGGUCUCCCUGUACCUUGCUGCUCCAUCUUCAUCGUCCUCUUCCUCACAGUCUCUGCCCCGCCACAGGGGGGCAGUGUCCUCAGGCCUCCCCUCUUCCUCCUCCUUGUUCCCGGAGCUGGACUUCCCACUGGACUACGGUGAGGACUACAUUUCGCAGGUCAGCCAACUGCGUAAGCAGCUGCCACGGGAGCAGAAGAAGAAGAAGCCAGAGUAUGACUUCCUGUCUGGGCUGGAUGAGCGCUCUCUACAGAGGCUGGCUCUGCUUCUUGACCACUACAGCCUGGAUAUGAAGGACCUGUCCCCGGAGCAGCAGGACAACUUGCCGGCAGUUCUAAAGCAGCUACAGUUGGAGGACUCCCACGUACCCAAACAGAGCAAAGAAAAAUACGGCGAGAACACAGCCAUGAAGAAUAAGGUCACCGAGGGUUCAAUGGCCUAUAAAACUGUUCCCCAGGAGGCUCUACCUCCCGCCACCAAACUUGGCGGAGAGCAGAAGGAGGCAGGUCCAGCUGAGGCAUCGAAUCAGGACAGAGGAGGACAGAAGGAGUUUGGAUACAUCGUUACCAAUCAGAGUGUUGUCGGACCAUCUGUCACCUUUAGGAUCAGACCAAACUCCAAAAACUUGACGGCCUUGAAUGCAGCAGACAGAGCAGGUGCAGAGAAGAACUUCCUGGAGUCUGAGACAGGUCUAAAGGUUCUUCAGAGCGGAGCUGAACAGACUGACGAGGGGAAAAUGUUACCCCUGGCCACCCGAGUCCAGCCUGGCUCCCGCUGGGUGUUUGCUACACUCGUGGCCAUGGCCUGCAUCGGCGGAAUCCUGGUGGCGGCCAUGACCAUUGCCUGCCUUCGUCACCACGCUCACCGGCUGGCAGCGAAGAAGCUUGGCCUGGGACCAGAGGGCGGCAGCUUCAGCCACCAGGAGUACCAGGACCUGUGUCGCCAACACAUGGCUUCCAAAGGUGCCUUUGGACGCCUGGAAGCCGCUGCCCUGGGCGCAGUGGGAGGAGCCAGUGGAGGGGGCGGAGUCGGGGCAGGAGCCGGUGGUGCUUCGGUAGGGGGAGGAGCCGACUCCAGGGUCAGCAGUGUGUCGUCCCAGUUCAGUGAUGGGGCUCAGCCCAGUCCCAGCUCCCACAGCAGCACGCCGUCCUGGUGUGAGGAGCCGGCACAGGCCAACAUGGACAUCUCUACUGGUCACAUGAUCCUGGCUUACAUGGAGGACCACCUGAGGAACAAGGACCGUCUGAAGAAGGAAUGGGAGGCUCUGUGUUCCUACCAGGCUGAGCCCAGCUCCGUGUCUGUGGCUCAGAGCGACGCCAACGCCAAGAAGAACCGCAGCUCCGACUCGGUUCCUUACGACCACUCCAGGGUAAAGCUGAAAGCUGACAUUAACCCUUCACGCGCCGACUACAUCAAUGCUAGCACCAUCAUUGAGCAUGACCCACGGAUGCCGGCCUACAUCGCCACCCAGGGACCGCUGUCCCACACCAUCUCUGACUUCUGGCAGAUGGUGUGGGAGAAUGGCUGCACUGUCAUCGUGAUGAUGACUGCUCUUGUGGAGGAUGGAGAGAAACAAUGUGACCGCUACUGGCCCGAUGAAGGCUCGUCCCUCUACCACAUCUAUGAGGUAAACCUGGUAUCGGAGCACAUCUGGUGCAACGACUUCCUGGUGCGCAGUUUCUACCUGAAGAAUGUGCAGACACAGGAGACCCGCACACUCACUCAGUUCCACUUCCUCAGCUGGCCUGCGCAGGGCAUCCCCACCUCCACACGCCCCCUGCUGGACUUCCGCAGAAAGGUGAAUAAAUGUUAUCGAGGACGGUCGUGCCCCAUCAUUGUUCACUGCAGUGACGGUACAGGCCGGACUGGGACCUACAUCCUGAUUGACAUGGUUCUGAAUCGUAUGGCUAAAGGAGUAAAAGAGAUUGACAUCGCUGCAACACUGGAGCACGUUCGAGACCAACGGCCAGGGAUGGUGCGCACCAAGGACCAGUUUGAGUUUGCGUUGACAGCAGUGGCUGAGGAGGUGAAUGCCAUCCUCAAAGCUCUGCCUCAGUGAAGCCACGACGACUCAGGCCUUUCCCCUCAACAGUUGCUCUCAGUCAGAAAUAAAAAAUAUAUAUAUACUGAGGUUAGAACUGAUCUGUGUAUCCCAACAUGUUCAGGGACACCAUUCUCAAAGCUGCAUGUGAAACCAUCUGACCAUGUAUCCAAAGAUUUCAUUUCCUGUAACUGUGUUUGAUCAGAUCUUUGUGAGAUUACAGUUUGUGCUUCGGCCUCAGUCAG